CACGUGACCGGCGAGUCAGCUGGCUCCGCAGCUGGAGGCGAGGAGCCCAGCAUCGCGAGUCGUCGGAGCAGCCUGUGGUGCCGCACUUGAACCCCUGCGUCCCCAGAACGGAAGGGAGGAGGCCACGGGAGGGAAGCUGUGAGAAAGAAGAAACCACCUGCUCACCUGCCCUAGGGCCCCACAGAGCCAUUCCCAGAGUGAUGAGCCCCUGGUCAUGCUAAGCCUGACCGCUGACUAGACACUUGUUUCUGUCAUGGCUGGCUGGGAAGUGGGGUGGUGAGUGAGCGUCAGAGACAAGCAGCCAGGGCAGGGAGCCCAUGUGGCCAUGGCUCAGACCGGCAUGGUCAUCAACAGUGACUAUGGUGAUUGGGGUUGGAGUUCAGAUGCCGGAGAGCGAGCCCGCCUCCUACAGAGCCCCAUCGUGGAGGAGCCCAAAGGGGAGGAGGAGGAACUGGGAGCCACGAACGGGGCGACCACCUCCACGCUGGGAGCCGUCUUUAUCGUGGUGAAUGCCUGCCUGGGUGCCGGCCUGCUGAACUUCCCUGCCGCCUUCAGCACAGCUGGCGGGGUAGCGGCUGGCGUUGCGCUGCAGAUUGGCAUGUUGGUCUUCAUCAUCAGUGGACUGGUCAUCCUGGCAUAUUGCUCCCAGGCCAGUAACGAGCGCACCUACCAGGAGGUGGUGUGGGCGGUAUGUGGCAAACUGACCGGGGUUCUGUGCGAGGUUGCCAUUGCGGUGUACACUUUUGGCACCUGCAUUGCCUUUCUCAUCAUCAUUGGGGACCAGCAAGACAAAAUUAUUGCUGUGUUGGUGAAGGAGUCAGAGGAGGCAGGCAGCAACCACUGGUACACGGACCGAAAAUUCACCAUCAGCCUCACUGCCUUAUUCAUCCUUCCCCUCUCCAUCCCCAGGGAGAUCGGCUUCCAGAAGUAUGCCAGCUCCCUGAGUGUCUUGGGCACCUGGUAUGUCACAGCCAUCAUUGUUAUCAAAUACAUCUGGCCAGACAAGGAGAUGUCCCCUGGGGAUAUACCCACCAGGCCGACCUCCUGGAUGGCCGUGUUCAAUGCCAUGCCCACGAUCUGCUUUGGAUUCCAGUGCCAUGUGAGCAGCGUGCCUGUCUUCAACAGCAUGCAGCAGCCCAAGGUGCAGACCUGGGGUGGGGUGGUGACAGCAGCCAUGGUCAUAGCCCUCUGUGUCUACAUGGGCACAGGCAUCUGUGGCUUCCUAACCUUCGGGGUCAGUGUGAACCCCGACGUGCUCCUCUCCUACCCCUCGGAUGAUAUACUUGUUGCCAUCGCCCGUGUCUUCAUCAUCAUCAGUGUGCUGACCUCCUACCCCAUUCUGCAUUUCUGUGGACGGGCAGUCCUGGAAGGCUUAUGGCUACGCUACAAGGGUGAGACGGUGGAGGAAGACGUGGCCAGGGAGAGGCGACGCCGAGUGCUGCAGACAGUCACCUGGUUCUUACUGACCCUGCUCCUGGCCCUCUUCAUCCCAGACAUUGGGAAAGUCAUUUCCAUCAUCGGUGGCCUUGCUGCCUGCUUCAUCUUCGUCUUCCCAGGACUGUGCCUCAUUCAGGCCAAACUUUCUGAAAUUGAAGAAGUCAAGCCAAGCAGCUGGUGGGCGCUAGUCAGUUACGGUGUCCUCUUGGUCACCCUCGGAGCCUUCAUCUUUGGCCAAACCACAACCAAUGCCAUCUUCAUGAAUCUCGCGGCCUAAUCUCUCCAUUUGGGACUGGACAGCCAACGGGAAAAAGUGGCCUUUUCUGUUGAGACCUCGAGGAACCGUAUCCAUGGACCAGCCUCUGGCUGUUGUCGGGGGGACCACACCAUAUUGCGUCUUAUUUAAUCAUGUCCCAUCGUCAGUGCCCUCAUGAGGCAGAGAGGUGGAGCUUCCUUACAAGGGGCUCUUCUGGUCAGAGGACAGGCCCAGGGAUUUCCCUGGUCACCAGCAGUGCUGUGGAUGGUGGGAAAGAAUCCUCUCCCACCACUGAAUCUUCCCAAGGCUCUCCUGCUGUCUUCCUAUCCAAAAUUAAAACCCCGUUUCUUUUACCCGUUGGUAGAGAGGAGCAGGAGAAGCUCAGAAGAGAGAACCUAGUCUCAGUUGAGUGAGGAGAAAAUCCUUCCUCUGCUGCAAAACACUUUCUGCAGAAGGUUGGCCUCGGGCAGGGAGCAAAACUUUGCAUUUCUGGGGAGGCCUUCAUGCAGGGGACACUUAAAUGCAAUGACCAAAGCCACUCGUGACUUCAAGUGUGCAGUUUAGAUGUGAAUACAGUAGCUCAAACAUGGUGGGUUUCCAGAGUCAUGCCAAUGACCACCACAAAAUGGAGGUUCUUUCCCUGCCCAGAGAGCACGAGUGAGCAAGCUGUGGCCAGCAAAGGGCAGGGAUCAGACCCAAGCCAGCUGUGUUGCCAGAUGCCAGGCUUCCUUGACCCCAUUUAGUCCCAUUCUGUUUUGGUAAAUGUCCUUUCGCUAAUCAUCAGUUAUACCCAGAGCCAUUUGGAACCUCGUCUCUUCCUCCCAGCAUCGUGUUGGCUGGGACCAGGGAAGAACAAAGACCACUAUUCCAUGGCCCCUAAGGUCCCUCCAUCUUACCACAUUCCAGUGGGGCUUGGCCAGCCUUCUCAGUCUCAUCUGGCCCCAGAAUCUCACUAAGUCUAAUGUUUACAGAGACUAUUGGGCUUCCCUAUCUGUAAGGGGAAGCCAACGUGUUAUGGUGCUUCAUGUAUCCAUCUGUUACCUCCAGAUUAGGAAUUCUCUUCCCUCUCUAAUUCUAAAUUGGCACCUCCUUUAAGAAUGGGAAGGAGGAGAGGAUGGCAAGAUGGCUGUUUUGUCUCCUUUGAGUGUUCUCAGAAACUCCCAGCCAGUGUUUGCUGUUCUCUGUCCACACUUCCAUUUGCCAUUCUUUCAUUUAAGGGUGAGUGCAGUUCCUGGGUGGGAAAGACCCACCUGGCAUUCGACUGUUAAUGGAAACUGUAACACUGAGGACAGGAGAGGAUUGGACCUCAUCUUUCUGUAGCCCAGCAGAUUACAAGACAGUCAUGAUUUUCUGUGCCUAGUGAUAAUACUUCCUGUGCUAUGCCUCCUUUUCCUUUACUCAUUUGAUUUCCUGUUCCCUUGUACCUGAGGAAAAGGGGCAAUCAUUAGCUUUUGAGCCACUGCCCUGCCCUCCAUGAAGCCCCCUUGGCAAACAGAUCUUGGUCUGGCAUCCCCCGUGACAUAAUCAGGAGGUGAUGGUGUUGAGAACAUUGUAUUUCAUUCUUUUGGGGUGAGAGAUGGAGGAGGAGGUCCCCAGAGAGUCAGGACCAGGCAGAAAAUGAUAGAAUUUUAAGGCUUUCCAUUUGUCAGCCCAUGCUAUCCAUUUCUCUGUCUUUGUCAGUAACCAUCCUGCAUUAAGCCAUGUGGCUUUGGGGCCCCUUGGCAGCCCCGACUCACUUUGGACAAUCUCAGGAAGACCAAGGAUAAUAAACUGGAGCUAUACGUCUGCCAUCCUGCUUCUUCCAGAUCAAGACUUCCACCCUUAGGAAGUGGAGAGGUCACUCACAGAUAGUAUCCCAAAGCUCUCCAGCUCACCAAUUGGUUUUUCCAUGUUGAUGGAUCCAGAAGGAGCCUCUGGUUUAUAGGAAGUAGGCUUCUUUCGCCCAAGGAUACUGUGUCCUUGAAGGUCCAGCCAGGGACCUGUUCCUCCUUCUUCCCACAUAAGCAACCAAGACCUUGCAGGUUCAGUUGUGUGGGAAGCCAGGGUUAGGUAACAAGCCGGGUCUCCCCAUUGUUUCCCCCUUCCCCCAACCGGUAAUACAGGCCCAGCUUUUUGCCACGGUCCGGGCUUUUAUCUUCUAACCUGUCUGUUCUAGCCACUCCAGUGUUGAAUAUCAUCUGGCAGUGUCUGCCCCUUUAGAGAGAGUUGAGAUGAGGAUAGGGCAGUUUUUGUGAGUGGGUUCCAACCCCAGAUUAGGUGUGUGAAGCCAGAAAAAAGGACGGACUCUGGUUCUCGCCACCCAAUGUUCUCACUCUGCCUCACCCCCAUCUGUGAUUUUUAAUGACAGAACAAUACAUAAUAAAAGGGAACUUUGCUGCUGA